GGUCUAAAGGUUUAUUUGACGUUUUUCUGAAGAAUAUAUUAAUUAAUUUACUUCCAUACGAUCAUGGCCAACGAUGUACUAUUUUUGGGAAACUCCCCAAAGGGGAUUUUGGAAGACUUGGCAAAGGAAAAAGGCGUAACAGUAUUUGACGAAAAACUUUGCGAAAUUUUGGACAAAAACGAUGAACUUGGACAUUUGAAGAAUGAAUUUUGUAUUCCUAAGGUUGAACCAAAGUGUGGUAAAUAUGGCAGAGACAGCUGGAUUGAUUUUUGUUCAAAUGCCGUUGGACGGCAACCUAAAAAAACCAAAGAGAUGGUGUUGGAGAUGCUAGAAGAAUGGCAGAACCGCACUCCGUUUACAGCAACAACAACAAAAAUGUUAGGUUAUGACAACUUACUGUUGGGUGGGAUUGGUAGAUUGGUGGGAGCUGAUCCCGAUGAAGUUGCUAUAAUGAAUUCCCUGACAGUGAACUUGAACUUUCUGUUGAUUUCCUUUUACAAUCCAACCAAGCAGAGAUUCAAGAUAAUCAUUGAACGAGGUGCCUUCCCUACAACUUUCUAUGCUUGUGAGUCGCAUGUUUUACAACGAGGAUUCAAACCCGAAGAUUCUUUGGUUUAUUGGGAACCACGCCCGGAGAGUAAACUUCUCAACACAAGCGAUAUAUUGGAUAUGAUUGAAAGAGAGGGAGAUUCUGUAGCUGUUGUGCUGCUUUGUGGUGUCCAGUAUUUGACGGGACAGCUACUUGACAUGAAAGUUAUAACUGCUGCUGCUCAUGCAAAAGGUUGCAAGGUUGGCUAUGACCUUGCUCAAGGAAUUGGAAAUGUUGAACUUCAUCUACAUGAUUGGAACGUUGACUUUGCCGUUUGGGGACACCACAAGUUUAUGAAUUCCUGUGCCGGAGCAACUGGUGGAGCGUUUAUGCACAAGAAGCACGAAAACAAUAAUUUCCCAAAACUUCUGGGUUGGUGGGGCCAUUCUGAAAAUACAAGGUUUGACUUUACCAGUGAUCAUGAUUUUUCCCCUGGAAUCAAAGGUUACCAUAACUCAAAUCCAUCGGUUAUUAACUUGGCUUGUAUCGCUGCUAGCUUGGAGGUAUAUGGAAAAAUAACCAUGCAAGAUUUUAGAAAGAAAAGCAUUUUAUUGAACUGUUAUUUAGAGAGUCUUCUUGAGCCAAACCUAAAUAAAUAUGGCAUGAACAUCAUCACACCUUCAGAUUAUCAACAGCGUGGUUGUCAGCUAUCCAUAACCUUUACUAAAUAUGAUGCAAAAAAGGUUGUAGCAGGUCUUCUUUCCCAUGGUGUGAUCUGUGUUGUGUCAUUGGGUGUACUUAGGGUGUCUCCAAACCCCCUACAUACAAGCUUUAGAGAUGUAUAUAGAUUUGUUCAAGCCCUGUUCCAGAUACUUGACGACCUAACAGAACCUAAAUAACAUCAAAGUAUCAAUAUAUAUCUUGUAGUCAACAUGUAAGGGAGUAGGUUAAUUAAAUUGUGUCCAUGUUUUUACCAUCCACAUCUUUAACUCUUCAUUAAAUAUAUGCACCGUCAUCUUCAAAUUUCGACAGUAUACCCAUUGUCCUUGAACGAGUCCUUUAUUUAUUUAUUUAUUUCUUCAUCUUUGCUACAUACAGGUAGUUUUCAAAUUGUGUAGGCCUGGUUUUGUGACAUGUUUUGAUUUUUUGGCCUAACAGCAUUUGUGUACAGUUUGUUAAACUAUUUUUUACCAACAAAAUUUGUGUACAAUUUGUCAAGCUGCUGUUCGCGAGAGUGUACUGUCCUAGAAUUUUGUGAUUAAUGCAAUUAGUGACGAACAUGAAUGGAUUAACGAUAUAAUGCAUUUAUCGAAUACUUUUCGGGUUGUUUGGAGAUUGAUAUUGAUAUCAAGGAUCAAAGCAUUUUUUCCAUCAUCAAGCGGGUACCUGUAAAAGUAGUUUUAAAAUGUCCCGUUCUACCCCGAGUCCCGCCUUACCUCGCCCUAUAGUUGCACAGUACGCCCACUUUUUCAGUGUUAAACAUUCUUUGUUGUUAUUGCUUUUUCUCCCGUUUUAUGUUAUCCACCUCGUCUAUUUUCUGGUUUGGGCAAGGCACAAGGUCCCAAUUUUUGGGUCUCCUCCGGUCGUUUCUUAGUUUAAUAAACCGAGUUCUCGACCU